CGUAGUUGGCAUCGACGCCGUUCGCCCCGCUCGAUGCAGGCCGCCAACUUUGCGCCGUCGUUGACGCCUCGGCCGCAAAAGGCCCCGUCCCCACGGAAGGCUCGCAUGGGGAACGCGAAAGCGCCAUCCGUGUCCCCGAUCAAAGUGUCGGCGUCGCUAAGUUUAUCCAAGCCGUCGCCGCCCGUGGACGAGCCUCCGUCGCGGCCGAGCAAACUCAAAUGGGACGGCGACACCCACGCCGUGCGCAACCUACAGAGCCACAUCCACUUUGGCUCGACGGCAGUCAGCGGCGUCGGCGAAAUCGUUCAAGUGUUUGAAGGCUACGGCAUCCAUCUCACGACGGACGAAGCCAAGAGCUUGCUGUGCGAGUACGAAGAAAACAACGACACGAACGUGCCGUACCAAGACUUUGUCGACAACUUUGCGCUCAUGCUGCGAUCGAAGGAGUCUGGCAAGCGCCACGUCAUCAAGAAGACUCGGCUCACCGAGCACGUCAAGCAUCUCCAGACUUUUCAGCAUGGCGUGGUGCAGGAAAUGAACGAGCUGCUCAAGCUGCGACUGCGGGACUCGUGGGCGACAUUCCGGGACACGUUGCGCGCGCUGGACAAGGACAAGAGCGGGGUGUUGCCGGCCGACACGUUUUUGAAAGUCCUGCGCAAAUUUAACAUCCCGAUCACGAUGGAGUCGUUGGGGAGCCUCAUGCUUCGCUACGACGCAAACGGUGACGGCAUCGUCAACUAUGCCGAGUUCCUGGCGCAGUUUGGCGCAUCGUUCUCCAACUACAACGCCGAACGUGUCGGGAAUUCGAUCCUCCAACACACGGCGCACGACUUUAGCGUAGCUGCCGUCGACGAGAAAGAGCAGACAAACUUCCUUCGGGGCCAAGUGCGAAAGCUCGUCGACGACGAGAUCGCUGCCACAUGGACGCACUUGCGCGCCGCCUUUUUAGAGGUCGAUGCCGACAAGAACGGGCUCCUGUCUCCCGACGAGCUCAAGCGGAUGCUCGUGCGAUUCCAAAUCGACCUCACGGACGCCCAGUUCCAACAACUCGUGGCGUGCUACGACACCAACCACGACGGCCAGGUCAACAUCGUCGAGUUUUUCAACCACUUUGGCGAAGACAUCAAGUUUGGCGCCGACGUGGCUGGGGCGAUGCCGGCGGGUUCACCCGCCAAGACCAAGUUUCUCCUCGCGGAGCGAACGUCCCUCGUGAUGGGGGAAAAGGUGCACCAGAGCGACCUCCCGAAUAUCAAGGAGCACUUUUCCCGGCUCGACGACGCCACGUGGCACGCAAUGUACCUGGACUUUGUCGACGCCGACUUGCACAAGACUGGGUGGAUUCCAAGGGCGCAGUUCCUCCACAUCCUGAGCAUGUACAUGGGGGAGCUCCCAAACAAGAACAUCCUGUCGAUCUUUCGGUCGUGCGGAUCGCACCACAACGACCUGAUGAACUAUCGCGACCUGGUCAAGGCGUACCGACCCAAGGUCAUGGGCCUGUAUGCGCCGCACCCGAACAAGAACACGAUGAACGCGCCCAAGCAGAGCCCGACCGAGUACCUCCUCAUGGAGAUGAGCAUCCGCGAGAAGCGGAGCGAGUUGGACCCGGCCGUGUGGAAGGCCCUCAAGAACGAAGUGAUUGCGGCCGACGUCAAACGUAUUGGCCGUGUCACGGCCGACUGCUUCACCAGCAUCAUCAAGCACCACAUGAAGCUCCGAGACGAGCAGAUUGCGUUCCUGUGCUUGUUCUACGAAGACAAGGCGAACACCCACCACACGUGCUCCAUUCGGUACUCGAGCUUCCUCACCGACUACGACAUGGCUGGCGGCGUGCACGGGGGCAGCUAUGCCGCUGGGUACGACACCGAUGACAAGAGCGACAACGGUGUCGAUGGCAGCGACGUUUACGUCCCGCCGCACCUCCCACCGCCACAGCUGCGCUUCGAGAAGCCCCAAGACACGAUCAAAGCGGCCAUUCGCCAGCAACUGUCGUCGAUUGAGGCGGCGCUGCUACUUGCCGACGCAGACUUGAAAGGGAUGGUCGGGCGCGACGUAUGGAUCGCGAUUCUGCAUGACCAUCACAUCAAGUUGGACUCGGCGCAGUUCGACAACGUGUUUGGACGGUACACAAACCCGGCGCUGCAGACGUUGCGGUACCGCGAGUUCCUUUUGGACGUCGAGUCAGGAAUCCAAGGGAAGAACGUCGAUGGAAGCGGUGGAGUCGGACAGGGGGCUCUUGGAGGGGACAGCACCCGCCUGCCAGACAACGAAACAAGCACGGGCGUCAUUCGAACGCUGGAAGAGGCGCGCACCAUGCUGCGGCACCACUUGACAACGUCGUCGUCUUCCCAGCGCCGAGUGUACAAGUACUUUUCGCUCGUGGACACGGCCAAGUCGGGCCAGCUGCCGUACCCGGAGGUGCGCCGAGUGUUUGAAAAGAUUGGGCUCGUUUUUGACGACAUGGACGUAUUCAACUCGGUCGUGGCAUACUAUGACAUUGACAACACGGGGAUGGUGCCGUAUUUGCAGCUCCUGCACGCCAACGGGGGCAAAGAUCCCGACAAGAUGACCGGGAUGAGCGACCUCGCGAGCAACUGUUCGUACUAUAGCGCGAUAUCGAUCGCGCCCAAGGCGGCGGCGCCGUCCAAGCGGAACCAAACCAAAACCAACGACACGCAGCUGAUCACACAAGUGAUAAACCACCACGUGGAGGAGGGCAAGGUCGCAAUCGGAGGCGCCAUCGACGCCGAGGACAAGAUGAAGGCAGUGCUGGCCAAGCGAUGGAAAACAGUGUUGAAAAUGUUCCAGCAGCUCGACGGGGAAAAGCGAGGGACGAUAUCGCAGGCGGCCUUCAAGAAGGUGAUGGAGAACGUCGGCCUCCCCAUGACGUUCGAGGAAGUGCUGCGAAUAUGCAAAAAAUACGACUCCGACAACAGCGGUCGCAUGCAAUACCACGCGUUUCUAAAGCACCACGUCCAAGGCAAGAGCACGCUGUCCGAGUUUGCCCUGCUCAAGAUGGAUUCCAAGCAAGUCCAGAACUUGCCCGCGCUCAGCCCUCGAAAGUCCCAGAUUCCCGACGACGUGCGGGCGAUCCUCAAGCAAAAGUGGAAGAGCGUGUACGCGUCCCUGAAGAAACUCGACACGGCCAACUCAGGUCGGCUCAGUCCUCAGCAUUUUCGGCACUUGCUCGAAUGGUUUGGCGUCACACUCAACGACGGCGUGUACUACGCGCUGCUCAAGGACUUCGACUCGAUGGACGAUGGCCAUGUAAAUUACAAUACGUUCAUGCGGGCAUGUCUGGAAUAGUGCCGACCUAAGGUAUCAACAAAGUUCACGUUAAGCUCAGC